UGCUGCGGGAGACGGUCGUGCCGCCGCCGCCGUCGCCGGUGAUGUUCAGCCUGGGAAACGAGGACGACUUUCCUCCCGUGGGCACCUGUGCGGGAAGUGGGACGCCUACGAUAAUUCCAUCGAGAAGAAUCACUCCCACUCCAGUUAAGAAGUUGGUGCGUAAUUGCUUCCAAGCAACUGAUCAGGCCAACGUGUUGUGGAGCACAGACCAUAGCGAGAAGUUCCAGGAAGCAAAUAAUAUAUCCCACGUUUCCUUGGACUUGUCAAAGGAGAGAGAAAUGCUGAAGCAGGAGCGAGCAAAGAGACAGGUCGACGAUGUUUGGAGCAGAAACAAUGCACCCAGCUACAAAAGCUCCGUAACACCAACCAAGGGAUCACCGCUGCCCACGAAGGGAGGAAUCGACCGGAUGAACGGCGUUUGCGAAAUAACGAUGGCGACUGUGAAGGAAGUGACAUUUCGAGAGCAGUUAGAAGCAAUGGCUCACGUACAUGCUUCUCUCAUCACUGAGAACCUGUUACCAAAUGUCUCAGUUGAGUUACAUUUGCUGAUACAACUGGUAACAUGUCCAGGCUGGGACUCCGACGUGUGUAGUAUCAGCUCUAGCAGUGAGAGUGAUGAAGAUGUCAACUAUUUUGCUACGGUGCACAAUUGUGUGUAUUUUGCUAUCAGAGUUUUGACUCAUCUUCAACGAUUGGUUACCUUGUUAGAUAAAGGCACAUUGAAGCUCUUACUAGAAAAUCCCCGAAUAGCAGAUUUUGCACCAGAACUAAAGUCUACGAUUGGAGAGACAUGGGAGAACUGCACCAAUAAAACCACAAUGUUGCCUCGUUCUCCCGUUGGAAGUGUGUCAUUUCAAGCUGACACUGAUAAUAGGAAGAACUUUCCUAACGACAGGUGCUUCCAUCUCUUUAGGAAACAAAGAGAUGGCUUUUAUGAGCUGCUACGUGAGUGGGAGGAGCACCACACGACGCCCGGCUGGUCGAUGAAUGAUGCACUCGGAGCGAAAAUCAAAGGUUUAAUCAGAUCGCCGGAUGACCUCGCAAAUCAGCUGCACUUCAUCCGAUUAUUCCAGGCGCAGUUGAUCACGAUGUGCAAGGGAGACAACAGUACAGUGCAGACGAGUAACAGCAGUGACCCACUUGGUCUACUGAAAGACCUGAAGCGAGAUAACCCAGAAAAAUUUAAAAGGCUGCAAGACAGGUUUGUGAUGCCGUCGGCCGUCGGCGGGCCCUGUCCCCCGCCGUGUUUUCCUGGUUGCCAGGAAUUCUUCCGAGAUUUCAUUGUCAUCUCCGACAGCCGCUCAUUCAACCAGCACAUUCUCGACAGCUUCAGCUCAAAGAUCUUGGAGCUCGACUCCGCGCAGCUCUGGGUUGGUGAGGAGGAGGAGGAAGAAGGGGAAGAGAGGGAGGAGGGCGGGGGCGACCCGUCGUCGCCGCGUCGCGUCGACGCCGAGGACAGGGAGCAGUUUGCAGCGACGCUGCUCAACCUGCGUCUGCUCGCCAAGUUUGUCGGCUUCGUCGUCUUCCUACCCUACGCCGGCGCCGACCGGCUGCCGGAGACACUGAAGGAGACGCUCGUGGCGACACGCAGCAGGGCUGUGGCACCCGUGGACGUGCUACAGUGUGUGCGGCGAGCAUACGAACACGGUCGCUGCGUGCUCACGCUGCCCUGGGUCGUCGAAUACCUGAGCAUGAUGGACCCCCUGGCACCGCAGCUUGAAUACUACGAGCGCGUGCUGAAGCAGCUGCUGCGGAUAUACCGGUCAAAAAGUCAUCGUAUAAGAAGAGAAGGGUUCGGCUUGAAUAGUCUCCUCAUAACCAUGGUGCUCGGUUGGCUUUUUGAGCUGCCUGUGUUUCCUGAGACACUGUUUUUUGAGAGGCUUGGAUUGGAAUUACAAUCAGAACCUGAAAAAUCACUUGAUAAAAUAGACGUGUUUAGCGACUUGAUCGACCAUCAGAUUCUCUACACGUGCUGCCCCUUUCUCGGCGACGUGAGACAACUCUUGAGCGAGUUUUCUGCCGGCAUCGGCAGCAAGAGCAAUGUCGUCAGGAAAAUCACUCCAAUCUCUGCACCCACAACAGAUCCAAACUCGACGACAAAGCGUCAGCUACAGCUGCAGCUGGAGGAGAGUUUCUUUCACAACCACCCGCCAUCGACGAAGCAGUGCGUGGACUUUGCGGCCGAACGCGUCGCUUCGUGCGUCCUCAAGCACCUGCGUCGUCACGUGCUGCCAUCUGCGCGGGCCGCCGCGCUGGCGGAGGUGCGCGCCGUCGUCGCGCGGCAUGGCCACGACAACCCGGAAGCAUCAGCGAAAGAGGUUCAGGCCGCUGCCCAAACGUACAAGACAGAGGUGGAUCUGCGUGCCGCCCAGACUUCUAAAACGCAAUGUCGGGAGAGGCUCGGCGUCGUAUUCGCGGCCCUGUUGUCAGAGGAGACGCACGAUCAGGUGAUGGCUGCGUGCGUGGAGAUCGCUUGCAGGCUAGCUGACGAGAAGGUGGCACACUGGAUGAGGACCAACCUAGGCUUCACAAUAGAUCUGAUCCUGACGCAGAGGUGGUUUCAACUCCAGUUCCGUCUCCAGAUAAAGAUCCUGUCUUCCCUGAUCCAGAUAAAAUUUGAUCAGGCUUGA